AGCUUUACAUAAACACGGGCAAAAUUUAGAGAACUGUUCUCUUCUUGUUUACUGUUCAAUUCGUCGGUCAGAAAUUACAACGAAAAUUACUCCAAAUUUUAAUUAGUAAACAAAUUAUGGAAUUAUACCCAAGAAAUUAGAUUUAUUAUUUAAUCAUUCAAUUAAUUAAAAAAAUAGAAAUUUAAAAUAGAGCAGGCCAUCACUGUCUGUCUGUUUAGUCUUCACUGGAAGGGAAGAAAGAGGUGGAUAGAGAGAGAAUUUUUGGAGAGAGAAUUUUUAGAGAGAGAAAGUUAGAGAGAGAGAAUUAUUGAGAGAUGAUGAUGGAGCUUUGGAGGCUCCUGAUUAUCAGCAUUUUGGUGUUUAGUCCAAGCUUCAUUAGUGGUGACACAGAUCAAUCUGAUGCUUCUGCUCUUAAUGUCAUGUUUAGCAGCAUGAAUUCGCCUCCACAGCUUACGGGAUGGACUGCUAGUGGUGGUGAUCCAUGUGGUCAGUCAUGGAAGGGUGUUACUUGCUCAGGCUCAAGGGUAACACAAAUAAAAAUAUCAAAUCUUGGACUUACUGGGUCAAUAGGUUUUCAGCUUACGAGUUUGACAUCUUUGACUGACUUUGAUAUAAGCCAUAAUAAUUUUGGAGGCACAGUACCUUAUAACCUUCCUCCAAAUUUGCAACGACUAAACCUUGCUGGUUGCAAUUUCAAUGGUGCGGUACCUUAUUCAAUUUCAACUAUGAAACCUUUGGUGCAUCUAGACCUCAGCCAAAAUCAAUUUAAUGGACAGCUGAAUGUCGACUUUUCACAGCUUACUUCGCUCUCCAAUAUAAAUCUCGCGAACAAUGCUCUCACAGGCAAUCUUCCACAAACAAUGAGCUCGUUGACCAGUUUGAAAACCUUGAACUUGCAAAAUAACCAGUUCACAGGCACAAUUGAUGUCCUAGGAGAUCUACCUCUGGAGAAUUUGAAUAUUGCGAAUAACCAUUUCACUGGAUGGGUUCCAAGGCAGUUACAAAAUAUUAAUAUACAGAAAGAUGGUAACUCAUGGAACUCAGGGCCAGCACCCCCAGCUCCACCUGGAUCGCAAACCAAUCAUCACAAAUCUGGGAAUCACGGAAAAUUGUCAGAGAGUUCGAGUUCUGGGGAUGGAAAAUCUGGUAUCAGUGCUGGUGCUAUAGUUGGAAUUAUUCUGGCUAUUGUCGUAGUUGUAGCAGUAGUAGGAUUUAUAUUAUUUAAGAGAAGAAUACGGAGGCCAUCCCCGGACGUAGAGAAGGUAGACAUUCAUAAGCCUUUUGUUGCUCCUGCUUCGAAUGACGUGGAAGGUAAACCUGAAUAUAUGGAAUUGAAGUCAGUUCAUUCUUCAUCGUCAAUCAACACCACCACGCUUGACACAGUUACCGCAGUUCUAAAACCACCUCCAUUGGAUCGCAACAAAUCAUUUGACGAUGAAGACUUUUCAAAUAAACCUGUUCGCCCUAUAGUAACCAAAAUUCCUACACCAGUGCCCGAAAAUGUAAAAUCAUAUUCUAUAGCAGACCUGCAGAUGGCUACCGGAAGUUUCAGUGUUGAAAAUCUUAUUGGAGAGGGGUCUAUUGGACGUGUAUAUCGUGCUCAAUUUGAUGAUGGAAAGGUUCUUGCUGUGAAAAAGAUUGAUUCAUCUGUUCUAGCUAACCAUCCUGAAGAUUUCACCGAAGUUGUUGCGAGCAUUUCCAAAUUACAUCAUCCAAAUGUAACUGAGCUUGUUGGCUAUUGUUCUGAACAUGGCCAACACUUGCUAAUGUAUGAAUUCCACAAGAAUGGCUCAUUGAACGACUUCUUACAUCUUGAUGAUGAGUACAGUAAACCAUUGACAUGGAAUACUCGUGUCAAAAUUGCUUUAGGGAGUGCACGUGCUCUUGAGUACCUACAUGAAGUUUGCUCUCCAUCUGUUGUUCAUCAAAACUUUAAAUCAGAGAACAUAUUACUUGAUGUGGAGCUAAAUCCUCAUCUUUCUGAUUGUGGGUUGGCAAACCUCCUUCCAAACGCAAACCAGGCGAUUAACCAUAAUGCUUGUGCUCCUGAAGUUGCUGAUUCUGGUCAGUAUACUUUGAAGAGUGAUGUCUACAGUUUUGGCGUGGUUAUGUUAGAGCUUCUCAGUGGACGAAAACCAUUUGAUAGCUCGUUGCCGAGGGCUGAGCAAUCAUUGGUUCGGUGGGCUACACCUCAGCUUCAUGACAUUGAUGCUUUGACUAAAAUGGUGGAUCCUGCUCUAGAAGGCCUCUACCCUGUGAAAUCUUUGUCGCGAUUUGCUGAUGUCAUUGCCCUUUGUGUUCAGCCUGAGCCCGAGUUCCGGCCACCAAUGUCAGAGGUGGUGCAAGCUUUGGUUAGAUUGGUUCAGCGAGCAAACAUGAGCAAAAGAACUGUUGGAAAUGCUGCUCGACAAUCAGAAAGCACAGACACAAAUGAUAGUGUUAAUUAAAUGGAUGUAUAAUAAUUUUGUUCAUUUGAUCCUCCGCCUGACCAAAGUAAAGUUAUUUAUUUCUCCUUCACCUCAUAAUUUUUCUCCUCCACGACCUGGUUUCUUCUGCAUUCACAAAAGUUUCAGUUCAGGGUACGAAUGCUGUCAUUUAUUCUUUUCUUUUCCUUUUAUAUAUGUUCAUUUUCCGUAUCACCUUAUUGUAAGAUAUAAUGUAUUGAAGGUGAAAAAAGAUUAAUACUUCAUAUGUUUUCAUGUGGUGCAUCCAUCGCAUGGGCUUUGUAUUCUUCCUUCCCUAGUUCCCCUGGGAUGGUAGGGGAAAAAAAUUGUACGUAGUAUAUCAUAUUGAGAGUUGAAAAUUCUCAAAAUUUUGUCAAAACAAGUUCAGAAAUGUUACAACAAAGAACAUUAAAGGAUCCAA